GAAGCUGAACUAUCAGCUGGUGUUUUGGAUGGAAGUUGCUUUUGGCACGAAGGCGUUCUUUCUUUAUCAUCUUAAGCAAAUCUUAAACGGCAAAGACACCGGAAAAUAAAGCUGCAUGUAACAGCGCGCCAUCUCCAGCAAGCGAAACGGCGGAAAACAAGAGAAAUCGGCGUUAUUAUGAACAGAUGAUGGUCUUAAGUGCUUAUCUGUUUUCUUACUGUUAAAUCAUCGGAAAGAAAGAAAACAACGUCAGGCGAGGCUCGUGCUAGUCACUGAUAGUCUGAUGUGUGUAACUUAUGUUGAUUCAUCUCGACCUGCGAUCUUUGCCACAAAUAGCUUAAAUGCGUGUAAUGUAACUCGUUGAGCACAAAAUGUUCUUCGUUCGGUGUAAUAAUUAGUAGCAUAUGUGUUUUAUUUGAUUCAGGAGUGAGUCAAAGAUCAGAUCAAAGCUUUUUUUCUUGUUUACAGCAGAAAGCAGUUUUAAAAAAAUAAUGCAUGCGCCUACAUAUUGGUCAUAAGAUAAAUAACGCCUUGAAUUAAUUUGUGCGUAUGGAAGUUGAUAAAAGAGCAGCAACCUGUAACCAGUUAUUAAUUCUUGACAUCAGCUCGUCGUGACUGAAAUACAGUUUGUUUAAUUUAUUCUAUAACUUUGUCAUAUUGACCUUUUUAUCCGUGUCUUUAUAAGUGUGUAUUUGUUAUUCAGUUGAUAGUGUUAUUUAUAAACAUGGUGACAGUGGAAUGCAUUGAUAGCUGCAUUGCAUCACUUGUGUUUUGACAUAUCUGACGUCAGGGGUGCCGUGUGUCACUCAAACUGUGUUUAAAGUGUGUGGGGGCUUUUUAAACAUACUACUUCGUCAUAUUUGGACUUAUCUGCUGAUUUAACGGUGGAUUAUUCGAGAUAUUUCGAGAGGGAAGACUCAGAUCUGGCACAGUCGGAGGUCCUCGUUGAUAUCCCCAAUUUCUCCCCGCCAAUGCUGGAUCUGGAGGUCGUUCCUGAGCGAUCUUUGGGAAAUGAACAAUGGGAAUUCGCAUUAGGGAUGCCAUUGGCCCAGGCCAUUUCCAUAUUACAGAAACACUGCCGAAUCAUCAAAAAUGUCCAGGUGCUCUACAGCGAACAAAUGCCACUCAGCCACGACCUCAUUCUCAACUUGACUCAGGAUGGAAUUAAACUGCUGUUUGACGCCUGCAAUCAGAGACUGAAGGUGAUCGAAGUGUACGAUUUGAGCAAAGUAAAACUGAAAUACUGUGGAGUGCAUUUCAACUCUCAGUCAAUAGCUCCUACUAUUGAGCAGAUUGAUCAGUCUUUUGGCGCUACUCAUCCAGGAGUCUACAAUGCUGCUGAGCAGCUCUUCCACCUGAACUUCAGAGGGCUUUCAUUUUCCUUCCAGCUGGACUCCUGGAGUGAAGCUCCUAAAUAUGAGCCUAACUUUGCCCAUGGCUUGGCCUCCCUGCAGAUUCCCCAUGGGGCCACUGUGAAACGGAUGUACAUUUACUCUGGAAACAACCUUCAAGAAACCAAGGCUCCGGUGAUGCCUCUGGCCUGUUACCUUGGUAAUGUGUAUGCAGAGAGUGUGGAGGUGUUGAGAGACGGGGCGGGACCGCUGGGUCUCAAACUUCGUCUACUCACCGCAGGAUGUGGCCCAGGAGUGUUGGCUGAUUCUAAAGUGCGGGCUGUUGAGAGAAACAUCUACUUUGGAGAUUCUUGUCAGGAUGUUUUGAGUGCUCUUGGCUCCCCACAUAAGGUCUUCUACAAGUCAGAGGAUAAGAUGAAGAUCCAUUCACCCUCCCCUCACAAGCAAGUCCCGUCCAAAUGUAAUGACUACUUCUUUAACUAUUAUAUACUGGGAGUGGAUAUACUGUUUGACUCUACAACCCACCUGGUCAAAAAAUUUGUCCUUCACACCAAUUACCCUGGUCACUACAACUUCAACAUAUAUCAUCGGUGCGAUUUCAAGAUCCCUCUUAUCAUUAAAAAAGAGAGGGCAGAUGCUCAGAGUGAGAACUGCUUUCUGACCACUUACAGCAAAUGGGAUCAGAUUCAGGAGAUUCUAGGACAUCCCAUGGAGAAACCAGUUGUGCUACACCGGUCUUCGUCUGCAAACAACACCAACCCUUUCGGUUCCACAUUUUGCUUUGGACUACAGCGGAUGAUAUUUGAGGUCAUGCAGAAUAACCACAUAGCUUCCGUGACUCUCUACGGAGCACCUUGUCCAAGUAGCCUGGCCCGUGCCGAGCCUAGUGCCCACUGAGGAAGUCGCCGUGCCCACAGUGCCCGUCCAGCCCUGCAGAGCCUCUGAACUGACCAGCAGAGUGUGCCUUCACUCAAUGCUGCCAUCACACAAGCUAAAGCAAGACAUGCUGGGAGUUUCUGUUCAUCCUAAUAGAGGCCACAAUUCGGUCUCCUCAUCCAAUAAUAGCAUGGAGGCUGCCCUCAGCCUGCUAAUUAUCCCAGAUAACCAUGCAAACCUGGCUCCGCCCCCAAAGCUUUAACCCAGAUCUGCAUCAGCAUCAGCAUCGUUCUAGUACUUGUGAAUGCACAGUGAUUUAUUUCCACUCAAGCAUAUUUAUGCAUUCUUUUUUUUGCCUAACCUUCUAAAAAGUUCCAUACCAGAUGCAGCAAAUAUUAAACAGAUCUCUCCUCUGCACACUAAACACUUUAACAAAAACACACAUGAAUUCAACUUCGUUUGCUUUCUGGCAAGCAGAGGAUGAGAGCAAAGGCAAAUGAGGACAUACUUUCGCAGCAGUGUGUUUUGUAUGCAUUUACGUAAGGUUCCAAGCACAAGCAAGCACAGUAUGGAUCCAGUGCUGUGAAAAUAUUCUUGUGGCACAUGAGCAGGCUCAGAUAGACACAUAACGAUUCAUCGACUCAUUUCAUACCAAGUCAACAGCACAGAUUACCUCCCAUUUCAAUACCGUACAUCCACUUUAUGGUCGAUUCUGUUAUUGUUUUGUUGUUUGUGAGCGCAUUAGUUUUGAACAUUUGCACUAAAAAUGCACCUAAUUUACUUGAUAAUUGUCUCCUGUCCACUGAGGAACAUUUUAACUGCUGAGUCUCGGAGAGAAAGGACGGCGGGGAGGGAACGACGACGUGCAAUCUUGAUUUCAAAGCUAGUUGCGACCCUGACUGGAGAGAAAACAUCCACCCAUCGCUGUUUCAUCCGCUGGAUGCUGUCAAUUUUUUUUUUUUUUUUUUUGUGCCCAGUAGAAAGAUGUGAAGUGCUUUUACCUUAUUCAGUAUCUUAAAGUCUUAACAGAACAACAGAAUUGUCUUCUGUCGCCUGAUUGCCAAAUCGCUAGCCAAAGAAGAAACAACAGUUAGCUUUCAGUCAUUUUAAAUUCACAUCAUAAAAACAUUCCCUGUUGAUUUGAUCCAUACAGACCCUGAAUUGUUUUUAACAUAGCGACUCAAAUGAUUCAUUGGUUUUUAAUGCUUUAAAGCUUCCUUUCUUGCUUUUUACUCUGCAGAUUUGUUUCUGUAGUAAGUAGACGUGAUGUUUUCUGUAGUCAUGUCUGAUAUGUCCAUGCCUGUACAGAUCUGUAAUUAAGAUGCACAAUUUUCAUUGUUUAAUCAGUCUACCAGUACCGUAUCAGAUCAGCUGACAUCUGGAACUGGUUUUCUUUGCCAGCCAUUGAGGGUCACUAUAGCAGCUUCCCUCCACUGUUUUCCUGGAUGAAAUCGCCUACAUUUGAGCACUUUCAGGAGGAUUUAACAGAGUUGACUAGAACAUUUUAACAACAGUAGAUGGUUUGUUCACCUCUAACUACUGUUCAUUGCUGUGCUGCCUUGCAGUGUAGCCACCUGUGGCUGUCAAGCUCCAGUUCUCUGGUGUCGUUCCCACCUCCCUCCAAGCUUCUGCAGUGUGUGCUUCAGGCUAAUUCUGGUAUUUAUAGCUUUCUGUUUCAGUAGCCUCUCAUUAACUGUGUUGGAAGGCCAUCAGUGGUGUUUUUCAUAUGUUUUACCCUCAGCUUUUGGUCAUUUACAAGGAAGAUGCUAUUAACAUAUAGUGCCUCAUUUCCCACCGAGCCUGUCUUGACUUUUUCUCUGUAAAUGAAAUUGUUUGAAAAACUGCUUUGUGUAUGUCUGAGCAUGUAAAGAUACAUUUAUAGUUAUAGUCCUUUUGUUUCAAAAAAACAAACCUGAAUAUUAGAGGAACUAAGAAAAAACUGACUUGUUGAGGAAUGAACUCUUGUCAUGAAGGGCUAGUUUACUAUAGAAAAAGCCUUUUUCUGGCACGGAAUAAAUAAAAUUGCAACCUUAUCUAACUUGUUUCUUUCAAUUG